CCGCAGAUAGCAAUUCACUUUGGUUUGCUACAUCAAGGAUAUACUCAAGGAAAUAGAUUUCCUUUUGUAGAUGAGAUGCGAAGAGUCAAAGAGACCGAAGAAGCUAUUUGUUAUAGUCCUGAUGUCUCCAAGUUUACUGGAGAUGAGGAGAUAACUUACUGGAGUCAUGAGGCCGUCAACCACCUCCUUGAUCUGUAUCUUCAGUAUCAAGCAGCUGCAUCAUCUUCUCAUGGAUGUAAAGAGGAAGUCUUCAUCAAGGUUAAAGACAAAAUGCAAGAGCUAGGAUAUGGGUACACCAGUGAGCAAGUGUAUGGGCAGUUCAAGACCCUCCUCACCCAGUAUAAUACUCGAAAAAUGAAACCUUGGUCACCUCCUCGUGGGAGCCGGAAGGUCCAGAACCCAGUUGGUGCUCCAUAUUGGGAAAAGCUACAUAAGGUUCUUAAUCUUAGGAAGAGCAUGUCACUAAGCUGGACUACAGGAGUCAAGCCACUGUCUCUACAUGAUCAGAAGAUUGUGUAUAGAGUGGCUUGUCAAAAAGCUGAAGAACUUCUUACCAAAAAGAUGAGAGACAAAGAACACAUGAGGCUGCUGGCACAAAUCACUGAAGGAAUUAGAGCGCACAUCAGAACAAAUAAACUUUUGGAUCCGGUGCCUCAUACACGUCAGGUUCGUCUUCACUUGACUGAUGCAAUAAAGAAUUUUGAUGAAGAUAAAGAAGACAAUAAGGACAUAAUACAACUGUACAUGUUGCUUGAAGAAUAUGACCUGUUGAAGCUCUUCCAUGAUGGUAACUAUGGCUUCUUUGUCAAGUACUGUACUCUAUCACUUAUUGGCUGUAAUACUGUACAAUGUAUUCCUUAUUGUGUUAGAACAUCCAGGUAAAGUUGUCAUCACUAGCUGCAGAAAACUUUAGUCAAAACGACUUAAAGAUACAGUAUAUUUUGCAGGAAAUAUAUGUUUCAAAGGCUAAGAAAUUAGUGGACAUAUUUUAUUUUAUGUUUGAAAAUACAUUUAGAAAUUUCUGCUAACUUCAUGAAGGAUCAACUUCACUCACUGGCAUAUUUGCACCUGACAGCUGCAUUCAGAUUCACAAAUAAAAUUUAUCUGGCACUGGAUCUAUUAAUGCAACUGAAGACUGAACGAGGGAACAUUAACCUACACUACCAAUAAUGACUAGUUUGAGAGGUAACCGGUUGAACCUGCUUGUAUUAAGUUAUCAGUAAUAGGAAAAAGGAUGAGUGUAAUUAUGAUAAGUGGCAGACCUGAAUUUGUGGGGAAAAGGUAGUGAAGGAUGAGGAAGAGAUGAGAAAUGUACAAUAAAGUAGUGAAGAAUGAGGGAGAGAUGAGAAAUGUACAAUAAAGUAGUGAAGAAUGAGGGAGAGAUAAGAAAUGUACAAU